GACACACUAUGGCGUCCGGCGCGGACCAAGAGCGGCAGCUGCGCUUUUACAGGGAGCUUCCUAAAGUGGAGCUCCAUGCCCACUUGAAUGGCUCCAUCAGUUCUGUUACUAUGAAGAAACUUCUGGCUCAGAAACAAUAUCUUCAAAUCCAUAAUGGAAUGACAAUGAUUGACAAGGGGAAGAAAAGGACUUUAGAAGAAUGUUUUCAGAUGUUUAAUAUCAUUCAUCGGAUUACCAAUAGGACCGAAGAUAUAUUAAUGGUAACUAAAGAUGUUAUUAAAGAAUUUGCUGCCGAUGGUGUCAAGUAUCUGGAGUUAAGGAGCACACCUAGAGAGGAAAAUGGCACUGGCAUGACCAAAAGGACAUACGUGGAAGCUGUACUUGAAGGAAUAAAACAGUGUAAAGAGGAGGAUUUGGAUAUAGAUGUCAGGUUUUUAAUAGCAAUAGAUAGAAGAGGUGGACCUAUCGUGGCAAAGCAAACUGUUAAACUUGCUGAAGAGUUCCUCCUUUCCACCGAUGGGAUUGUGGUAGGACUUGACCUCAGUGGUGAUCCCACCGCAGGACAUGGCAAAGAUUUUUUUGAACCACUUUUCGAAGCGAAAAAGGCAGGUCUGAAACUGGCAUUGCAUCUUUCAGAGGUAAAUUCUUAA